UACACACAGUAGGAGAGACAGAGAGAGAGAAAGGGGAGAGAGUAAUAUAGUGAGAGCGAGAUAGAGAGAGACAGACAGACAGAGAGAGACAGAGCGAGAGUAAGAGAUUUCUACAAACAGUGAUGGAAACGUUGCUGUAUCUCACCCUGCUAAUCUCAGGGUUCUACACACCUUCCUCAUGUCUUCAUCAGUAUCACCUCAUUAGCAACAAUAUGAACUGGAUGGAUGCCCAUAGUUACUGCAGAGCACAUUACACUGAUCUGGCUACAGUAGAUGACAUGGAGGACCUGAACAGGCUGAUUACCAGUGGCAGUAGUUCUAAUUACUGGUUAUGGAUCGGACUGAAGAAGGGAGACUCCAUGAAGUGGAACUGGUCUCUGGCAGACAGACGUUUCUACAGAGAGGGGGAGACUGAGUUCAGAAACUGGGACACUGGGACGCCCCAAAAUGGUAACUGUGCUUUAAUGAGUCCAGCUGGUCUGUGGAACAACGCCUCCUGUGAUGACCAGCAUCACUUCAUCUGUUAUGAUGGAAAACAAGACACCAACCUAACAUACAUCUUAAUUCAGGAGAACAAGACCUGGAUAGAUGCUCAGAGUUACUGCAGACAGCAUCACAUAGACCUGGUCAGUGUGAGGAACCAGACUGAGAACACAGAAAUAGAGAAGAAGAUAUCACUGAGGGGACUUCCUGUGUGGAUCGGCCUGUUUCUAGACUCCUGGAGAUGGUCAGACCAGAGUGACUCCUCAUUCAGAAACUGGCAGUCAGGAUGGCCUUCAACAGAACAGAGAUACAACUGCACUCUGGUGUCUCCUUAUCCUUCUUCUGAUUAUACUAAAUGGAUAAAUUAUCCCUGUGACUACAACUGUCCUUUCAUCUGCUAUGGUCCAGCUGUGGAGACCCCUGAGAAACCUCAACUGAAGAGACAUGUGGUGAGAAUGAAGAUGACCCCAAAGGAUCAAAAUCUGAACUUCAGUGAUCCUGCUGUUCAGGACUCCAUCUUACAAGAGAUAAGGAACAAGCUGAAGGAGCAGGGGUUACCUGCAGACACCAAAGUGACAUGGAAAAAGCAGCCUGAUGGGAAGGUCUUCCACAAGGAGGAAGAGGGGUCUCCCAAGAAAGAAGAGGAGGAGAAGAAGAUGAAGAGGAUGAUGACAAAGUGAGAACUCUAGUUAUGUAAAACGUUAUCCUUUAAUUUCUCUUUUUUAGUUAUAUUAAUUAUCUGUACUGCAAUGUAUUUUCUGAACCUAAUUAAAUGUGUGUUAUUAAUUAAAUUGUUUAAGUAUAAACAUCAAUAGUGUUUUAUCAUGAGAUGUUUUUCACACAUGAUGUCUGUAAAUGAGUUGUUUGUAGUUAUGUUGAUAUUCAGGGCUGUGAAAGAGUAUUUGUCUCCUUUCUAAUCUUCUCAACUUUUACGCAUUUAAGAUGAAGAAUGUUAUCAGAUCUUCAAAGAAAACAGAAUAUUAGAUGAAGGGAACCUGAGUGAACAAGUAACACAACAAUUACCUACUUAUUUAAUUUAUUUCAUAAACAAAGUUAUGUAACACCCAAUGUUCAUGUGUUAAAAAGCAAACUCAGCAACAUUUGUGGGUUUUCAAUCUUGAACUGGUUGUUUCAAGUCCUGCCACAACAUUGCAAAUGUGAUCAUUAGGUCUGAGUUUUGACUAGGUCAUUACAAAACUACAAAUGUGUUGCUUUUUAACCAGUUUCAUGUAGACCUGAUUGUGUUUUGGAUCAUUGUCUUGCUGCAUGACCAACCUGUGUUUCAGCAUCAGCUCACAGACUGAUGGCCUGACAUUCUCCUGUUGAUUUCUCUGAUACAGAGCAGAAUUCAUGAUUCCUUCUAUUAAGUCAAGUCGUCCAGGUCCUGAGGCAGCAAAGCAUCCCUCAAACCAUCACACUACCACCACCAUGCUUGACCGUUGGUAUAGGGUUUUUACUGCGGAAUGCACUGUUUGGUUUUCGCCAGGCAUAAUGGGACCAAUGUCGUCCAAGAGAUAAGGACUCACUUUUGACUCAUUUGUCCAUAAAACAUUCUUCUAAGAGUCUGGAUGAUCAUCCAUGUGCUUCCAGGUGCAUUUUGUCUUACUUUAGUCAACUGUUUGGACUCGAUGGGCCCUUUAUGUCUGACGAAAACCAAACACUGCAUUCCAGUCAUUAGAGCUAAAGGUGGAACAACCAGUUAUUGAGUAUAAAGGGGCAACUACUUUUUCACACAGGGGAGUUGGGUGUUGCAUAACUUUGUUAAUUAAAUAGAUAAAAUAAGUAUAAGUAACUCAGGUUCACUUGAUCUAAUUUUAGGAUUUGGUUGAAGUUCUAAUAACAUUCAGUAUAACAUUUUUGCAAAAAUAGAGAAUAUCAGAAAGAGGGCAAAUUCUUUUUCACAGCACUGUGAGUAUCAAUGUGUUUUUCUAAUUGGAAUGUAACUUUCUUUAAUUGGAAUGUAUUUAGUCCACAGUUUACAUACUGCAUAGCCAAUGUAGUCUCAGCAUGUUUUUUAUUGGUUAAUGAAGAUGUCUUUUCUGAUGAUCAAAUGAAUAUAUGUUGCAGAUUGACAGUAUCAGUCUAGAGUUGUGAUUCUUCAAGUUUCAACUUAUUUUUAAUUGACAUAUUUUACCUUGAUGAUAAAGACAUCUAGACAUAAUGUGUAAUCAACUCCUCUCUUCAGGACUCUGAUACACUGGUAUCAGUUAGAACCAUGUCCUGCUGACCAGGGCUUUAGUUACAUUUUGCAUAACUUCCUCAAAUCAGACAGAGGGGAACUUUCCACAUCAAGCCAGAACCAGGAUAUUUCCUGGAACACACAAUGAUGUGACAUCUGUAAUAAA